UUUUAUAUUGGCGUCGGAAAUGAAACCAAAAGGAUGUGGUUGGAACAUGUUUGGAAAGUUGCUUUGUUGUCAGGAAGUUUUGCUAGUUUACUUGCUGUUUUAAUAACCCUUGGUAUAGAAAGCUUUGGAGGUUUGUAUGGCGGUAUUAUUGGCAGUUUACCAGGGACCAUCGUUCCUGCCUCAAUAGGUAUAUGGAAUGAAUGCAAGGGAAAUGCCGACCGCUUUAGAAUAUCAAUGUUUUCCUCUCCUAUUGGACUUGCUACCAAUUCUCUCUUUCUUCUCAGUUGGAGAGUUUUGCCGCCAUUAUUACCAGAGAUCUGGUCUCUCAAACAACGUUUGAGCGCCAUGAUUGCCGUCUCCUUUCUCUGUUGGUUUUUGAUUGCUACUGUAGUUUUGUAUUUUACUCAGUCGCUUCAUUCAUUAUUUGAAGUGGAAUUAGUAGGUGGUUUAGCAGCGCUUUUAAAAUUGGUACUUGGUAUAGCAGCCACCUGGAACCCCCCACCUACACCUUCCUCUUCUUCGUUAGAAAGUGUCUCAAAACGUGUUUUGUUACUUCGAGGUUUCUUUGCCUUUCUCGCAGUAUUCGUUGCGGUACUGUUGUCUCAUGUGAACGAUUUCGUUGCUGGAGUUGCUGCAGUCUUUCCGGCCGUAUUUUCAACGACCAUGAUAGCCGUUUGGAUAUCAGCGGGAGAAGCUGUACAAGGUGGAGCAGUUGGCCCUAUGAUGAUGGGAACCUGUUGUGGUUCAGCAUACACUAUUCUGUGCGGGUUGUUGAUCCCCAAGUGGGGGUUAACUAGGGGUGUCGUUUCGGCCUGGUUGUUAGCCGUGGUUUUUGUGAGUAUCCCAGCGUUCUUUUGGGUACGUUGGCGCCUUGAGAAGAGAGAAGGAGCCUAUCAAAGGACAGAAGAAGAUAAAUGGGAAGAAAAGGAACUAGAAGAAUGGCAGAGUUAUUCCGAUGCAUAGUAUGAGUAUUAUAGUUGUUGAUACUCCAACUGUGUCGGACAAAAAACGUAUUAAGAGUUGCCAGUUCAACAAGGAAAGUCAGUAAAGAAGCAACAGUUCUGCUUUAUGAAACAAGUUUUACUA